CAGCCAGUGCCGGCACAGGGGAGAUGGCUGACUGACUGCACACAGCAGAGCAUGAGGCCGGUAGCUUACUGCUUCGCUGCCCUAUGCUAGCGCUCACACACACUCACUGGCUUCUGCUCACCCUGACACACACACACACACACACACACACACACCCACGCACACACACACACACACACACACACGCACACACACACACACACACGCACACUUUCCUCCCUCUCUCACUGUCGCAGACUCACACUGGUUCGUUCCCUCCCAUACUUGCUGCCUCUCUAUUUCCCUCAGUAUCACACACACACACACACACGCACGCACACACACACAUGGGAGCACACACACAGAGUCAGUCACCGGCAACUCUCAUUCAACUCUCUCUCAGCCACGGGUCAGCAGCUCAGACAGGCAACUUGUUUCUAUCCAGCUGGAAAGAGCAGAGCAGCGCAAGGUGCACACACACACACGCACACACAUAAAGAUAUACACUCAUCCAUUUGGACUAAACUCAAGAAUUACCCACGUUUAUCCUUAAAUAUCCUUGGACUGUAUCUACAGACCACUGAAGAAGAAUUCAGUGCAGGGAGGCACCGGAAGGAUCUGUGUCAAAGAUGGACUUGAGAGAGUGGACUUCUUGUCAGGAGCAGAACGUGUGAUUUCAACGCUGAAGAUGACAACCAGAGAGACUUGCUUUCAACCCAAAGCGGAGACUGACUAUCAGUGACAUCCAGAGGAUCUGUUGUGAUUACCAUUCCCCUCCCUUCGCUGUCCAGGACUCCCACCCUCCACACUGACAUCUCUUGAUCACCAGCAUGCCUACAGCUUGCACAAGGUGCACCUUGGGAGCCUAACCCACCAUGUGCAGAUGGAUGACAUCCGCAGCUCAUCUUUGCCCUGAACUUACCCUGAGAACAGCCACCACCGCCUCCUCCACUGGGACGUUCAUCCCUCUGCCCAGUGCAUCCUCCUUUGCCCUGGCAUGCCUCACCCUGCUCUUGGUCACCGCUGGCACCGGAGCCUGUCCUCCUCGAGCAGGGCAUGAACCCCUCCAGGGGCUGGGGAGCGGCACCAACUGUUCAUGGACUUUGGAAAGGCACACUCGUAGUUACAAUCACCUGGAAGGUGACGUCAGACUGCGGCGGCUUUAUUCUGCCAACAAGUUCUUCCUCUGCAUUGACAAAACAGGAAAAGUGGAUGGCACCCGGCGGAAAAACUAUGCUGACAGCUUGAUGGAAAUCCGCUCUGUCAGCGUGGGAGUUGUUGCCAUCAAAUCUGUCAGUACCGGCCUGUACUUAGCAAUGUCCAAGAAAGGCACGCUCUUUGGAUCGGUGAAGUACAGCCCAAGCUGCAAGUUCAAAGAACGCAUCGAGGAAAAUGGCUACAACACGUACGCCUCGCUUCGCUGGAAGCACGGCGGCAGGCAGAUGUUUGUUUCACUGAAUGGACGCGGGAAACCACGGCGAGGUCACAAGGCUCGGCGAAGGCACCCGUCCACUCACUUCCUGCCCAUGCUUCCCUCCUAGGCGCGUCUGAACUCUUCCAGGCAGCUGCCCGGCUUACCCGCUCCCCUCACAUUAGUACUGAUCUAGAUGUGACAACACUCUUUCCUUUUUAUUUAUCCAUCCUCAUGUUACAUAAAUGUACAUUUGCUGAGCUCUGUAACAUUUUAGAGUUAGGAUAUCUGCUUCUUAAGUUAUUUUCUGCAUAUUCUAAUGAGGUUAAUAUAAAACAGUGCAGUUCGACAA